AUGGAUGUUUAUGAGCGCAGGCGUGAGAUGCAAAAGCAAUGGCGUGAAAACGCUAAACAGUGCGAAUGGAUUGGCGAUAUUACAAUAGAGGAAGUUAUGAAGCAUAGAACACCAAAAGAUUGCUGGGUCAUUAUCGAUGGCAUUGUUUAUAAUUGGACUCAAUAUGUUUACAAUCAUCCAGGAGGUUCAUCUCACUUCCUUGGUAAAAAUCCAGAUAUUACAGUUCCUUUCCACAAUUUCCAUCGUGGAAUGGAUAUAUCAUUUGUUGAAAAGCUCAAGAUUGGACGCCUUGUAAGUUCAAAGUAUUUAUACAGUUAA